UCUCUCCGCCUCCCCCCGGCCAUCAGUCCGUCCAGCCCCGCCCCAGCUCCAGCUCCAGCUCCGGCCGCAGUCCGCACUCCGCUCCCAGCCGCGGUGGGGUGUCAUGUUUAUGGGGGUGUCCGGCCGUGUCCAACGCGAGCGACUGAGGCAGGAGGGGAUGGGCAGCCAUGGGCAGGCGGUGGCCUUCCUGCGCCAGGACUUUCAGGGACUGCGGGAGGAGUGCCAGCAGGAUGGAGCCCUGUUCCUGGACCCCCAGUUCCCUGCCGCCCCCACCUCCAUCGGCUACAAGGAGCUGGGUCCACACACUGACAAGGCCCAGGGCAUCGAGUGGAAGAGGCCUGGCGAGUUGGUGUCGGACCCCCAGUUCACCGUGGGAGGGGCAACACGGACUGAUGUGUGUCAGGGAGCUCUGGGUGACUGCUGGCUCCUGGCUGCCAUCGCCUCGCUGACCCUGAACGAGGAGCUGAUGCAGAGGGUGGUGCCACCCGGGCAAGACUUCAACACUCAAUACAGUGGCAUCUUCCACUUCCAGUUCUGGCAGUUUGGGGAGUGGGUGGAUGUGGUGAUUGACGACCGGCUGCCGAGCCGGGACGGGGAGCUGCUCUUCGUCCACUCGGCCGAGCGCGGAGAGUUCUGGAGCGCCCUGUUGGAGAAAGCCUACGCCAAGUUGAACGGGUCGUACGAGGCUCUGUCGGGGGGCUCCACCACCGAGGGGUUCGAAGACUUCACGGGCGGGGUGGCCGAGUUGUACGAGCUGAAGAACUCCCCCCGAAACCUCUACACAGUAAUGCGCAAGGCCCUGGAGCGAGGCUCCCUGCUCGGCUGCUCCAUUGACAUCACCAGUGCCUUCGACAUGGAGGCCGUGACCUUUAAGAAACUGGUCAAAGGUCAUGCCUACUCAGUGACAGGGGUCAAGGAGGUCAACUACCGGGGCAGGGUGGAGCGGCUGAUCCGGAUCAGGAACCCAUGGGGUCAGGUGGAGUGGACGGGGGCCUGGAGCGACAGUUCGUCGGAAUGGGAUGCGAUCGACCCGGAGGAGAGGGAGGGAAUGGUGCAGAUGGAGGAUGGGGAGUUCUGGAUGUCGUGGGGAGAGUUCCUGCGGCAGUUCUCGCGGCUGGAGAUCUGUAACCUGGGCCCAGAGACGCUGCAGGACGAUCGGCACCUCAAGUGGCAGAGCACCACCUUCCGCGGCUCCUGGAGGCGGGGCAGCACCGCAGGGGGCUGUCGCAACCACCCCGCCACGUUCUGGAUCAACCCGCAGUUCCGGCUGACCCUGUGCGAGGAGGACGAUGACCCCGACGACCCAGAGCAGUCGUGCAGCUUCCUGUGCGCCCUGAUGCAGAAGGACCGGCGCAGGGCCCGGCGCAAGGGCGGGGACAUGCACACCAUCGGCUUCGCCCUCUACCCCCUGCCCGAGGAGCUGAGUGGGGGUCCGCAGGUCCACCUGCGCAAGGACUUCUUCUUGAGCCGAUCGUCGUGCGCUCGCUCCGACUCCUUCAUCAACAUGCGUGAGGUGAGCUCCCGGCUCAGCCUGCCUCCCGGCGACUACAUCAUCGUCCCCUCCACCUUCGAGCCCAGCAACGAGGCUGACUUUGUGCUCAGGGUCUUCACCGAGAAACACACCGACUCACAGGAGAUGGACGACCCCAUCGAUGCCGAGCUGGAGGAUGAGGAGGAGAUGAGCGAGGACGAUGUGGAGGAUGGAUUCCGAGCCAUGUUCAAGCAGCUGGCCGGGGAGGACAUGGAGAUCAGUGUGUUUGAGCUGCGCACCAUCCUCAAUCGCGUGCUGGCCAAACACCAGGACCUGCAGACGGACGGCUUCACCCUGGACUCGUGCCGAGGGAUGAUCAACCUCCUGGACAGAGACGGCAGCGGGCGGCUGGGUCUGCUUGAGUUCCAGCGGCUGUGGAACAAGAUCCGGACCUGGCUGGGUAUUUUCAGAAACUUUGAUCUGGAUAAGUCGGGCACCAUGAACUCCUACGAGAUGCGCCUCGCCCUCGAAACAGCAGGGUUUAAGAUCAACAACCGCAUACACCAGGCCAUCGCCUCUCGUUAUGCAGACGGUGAGGUGAUCGACUUCGACAACUUCAUCUCCUGUCUGGUCCGGCUCGCGGCUAUGAUCAGAGCAUUCCGGUCUCUACAGCAUGAUGAUGGGACCAUGCAGAUGAAUCUGUCGGAGUGGCUCAGUUUGACCAUGUCGGGUUAGGACGGAGAGGCCGCUGUGCCAGAGCCUUGCUGCACCCUCGCCUGAUGCUCCGGAACCUUCCACCGGCGACCCGCCGGCCCUCCGGAACCUUCUGCAAGCAUGCAGAUCCCUCCCUACAUGGUGCACGGCUCAGAGGACCUGCCUUCCCCACAACCCCCCUAACCCUGACCCCCCACCCCUGACCCUUGCCCCUGACCCUUGCCCUGGUCGUGCCUGUUCUAGAGAUGCUACUGGUGUCUAGCCCCCCCCCCCCCCCCCCCCGCAAUAUUAACCCCCCCCCCCCAACUGUGCCUGUCCCUGGAUUAUAACCACUAGGCCGCUACAGGUCGUGACCCUGGGGCAAAUGCCCCCCCCUCCCCCAGGUUUGCUGCUGUGACUCUCCCCCACCCCCUCUACAGUGCCGAUCAUACAGCGGCUGCCUGAAGCUCCCCCUC